AUGUGACUCAUGAGUCAAAUGAAUGAAAUAUGAAAAUCAGGUGGGGAAACUCCCCCCGUUUGGCUGUCAAAAAAAUGUCGGGGGGCGCCCGGGCGGCGGCCGCGCAGCAGAUCGUGCAGUCGCUGCAGCGGUGCGCGGCUCUCCCGCCGGCGGGCCCGCCCUUCGCGGACGCGCUCGGCGACUACCACCGCUUCCCCCGGCCGUCGUCGGCUGCGGCUGCGGCUGCGGCAGCGCCCCUGGCUGGCGGCCACGGGGGCUUCGAGGAGGGGAUCGUCGUCGGGACACCGCUAAAAAGAAAAGCACCCUAUGGAGAAAGUAAUACUGCUGAGUCACUCGAAUUGGUUAUGACCAGUCCUGGCUUCAUUGGAGGAGUUGGCAGUCCACUUAGGGCCCCAGUAUCUGGAAAAUCUGCAAGGACAUACAAGUCAAAGGCUAAAUGCAGCAAACCUGUACCUCAGACACCUAUAUCAAAUGCUGCUCCACCUGGCAAUCCACCUACUCCGGCUGGUCCUUGCCGCUAUGACAGUUCAUUAGCACUAUUGACCAGAAAGUUCAUCAAUCUGCUCAAGCAGGCUCAAGAUGGAAUUCUAGAUUUGAACAGCACUGCAGAUAAGUUAGAUGUUCAAAAAAGGCGCAUUUAUGACAUUACAAAUGUCCUCGAGGGAAUUGGUUUGAUAGAAAAGAAGUUGAAGAACAUAAUCUGUUGGAAGGGUUUGGGUGAAUCAGGAACUAAUUUGGAUAAUGAUCUUUCAAUUCUGAAGAAUGAAGUUGAAAAUCUUAAUCUCCAGGAGCAAGCAUUAGAUGAACAUAUAAGUAAAAUGCACAAGGAACUGAAGGCGUUAACUGAAGAUGAAAGCAGGCAGAGGUGGCUAUUUCUUACCGAAGAUGACAUCAAGGGAUUGCCCUGCUUUCAGAACCAAACACUAAUUGCAAUAAAAGCACCUCAUGGGUCUUCUGUGGAAGUACCCAAUCCUGAUGUGAUGACUGGUGAGAGCUUUCAAAGGAGAUAUAGAAUAAUUAUACGGAGUACAACGGGCCCAAUUGAUCUCUACUUGGUUAGUAACUUUGAGAUGAAAUCGGAGGAAAAGCUGGAUGACACUGCAACACUGGCAAGUCAGACACAUUUGGCAAAACGUGCCUCCUCUGUGAAAGGCCCCAGAACAAAAAGAGCUGGACGAAGCCGUAGCAAGGAGGUUGAGGUUAAUGCUCAGCAGAUCCAUAAAACUCCAGAUCUAAAUGCUCCACAUCCUUCUGAAGGAGUGUUGAGGAAGAUUGAUGCUUCAGAUGUUAAUACUGAUGCCGACUACUGGCUGCUUACAGAUGCUGAUGUUAGCAUAACUGAUAUGUGGAGAACAGCACGUAUCCCUUUUGGAAUGUUUCAUGAGAAAUGCAGUUGGACCAGAUAGACCCCAACGAUUUCUUAUCUGAAGAGGUGAGCACCCCAGGCCCAGGGACACUCGACCAGCAGCCAGCUGCAAUUGGUGAACCUACAGCUGGGGGCCCUAACCAUGGGUAAACAAGAAGAUAAUAGCGCGCUGGAUAUUUUGGAACAAACUGAGAUCAUUUUGGAUGGCAAAUGAUCUUUUUGGGGACUCCUUGGGAGUCUGGUGGUUCCCUAUCACUUGUCACGCACUUCCUCAGGGCGGAAGGCAGGUUUGCAGCCGUCGAGAUGCACAAGCUGAGAUUGGCCUUUUGUUGUGAACUGGAGGUGGUGGGUUUGGUAACAUGUACAGGGUAUCAGCGCUCAGCGGCAUGGAUGCACGACAAUGCUCCGCUCAGUCGUAUAAACUGAAGCGCUGGUCAUGCUGGUGCCGCUCUCCAACUUCGGAUGGCGCCAGUCUUUUGUACAUACGGAUACUCUGUUUAGGCUGGCUAGAUGUGUAGAGAGUACUAAUUCAUAACUUACUAUCCUAUGUCUAGCAUCUUUUGCAAAUUCCAUGCUGAAAACUGUUAAGACAUUGCUGAACCCUCAAGCAGCUGCACUGUCAGCUUCCGUA